UCCUGAGGGGUCCUGAUCGUCACAUUUUUACACACGUGUUGUACAACCAUGGCGGACCUACAGAUGAAGCUUCUCCGUAAGAAAAUCCAGAAAAGAACCGAAAAGAACCGAGAGAGAAAACUGAAGAAGAGACAGACAGAAGAAGAGGAGGCUGUGAGGUCCAAUGGGCUGGAAGAUGAAGGCGGCGAGGAACCUGCUGCAGACAGGGAACCCAAGAAGAACCAGGCUGAGGAACCAGCAGAGGACUGCAGCGCAGAACAAACUCCCCUGAGGAAACAGACGAAAAAGAAGAAAAGAAAGUUUCCAGAAACAGAGAAACAAGCAGCUGAGAAGAAAAUCAGGACUGAGGAAGAAGGGGACAUUAAUGAUGAUUCAGUGGAAGAUGAAGAGGAGGAAGAAGCUGAAGCUGCAGAGGAAAAUCAGCCUGAGCUGCCUGCAGGAUUAACAGGAGCGUUUGAGGACACAUCGUUUGCUUCCCUCGCCGGGCUGGUCAGCAACAACACCCUGAGAGGAGUGAAGGAGAUGGGCUUCGAGCACAUGACCGAGAUCCAGCACAAAACCAUCCGCCCCCUGCUGGACGGAAGGGACAUUCUGGCUGCUGCUAAAACCGGCAGCGGUAAAACUUUAGCCUUCCUCAUCCCAUCUAUUGAGCUGAUUAACAAACUCAAGUUCAUGCCCAGAAACGGCACUGGAGUGGUGAUCCUUUCUCCCACGCGUGAGCUGGCCAUGCAGACGUAUGGAGUGAUGAAGGAGCUGAUGGUUCACCACGUCCACACGUACGGUCUGAUUAUGGGGGGCAGCAACCGCUCAGCCGAGGCCCAGAGACUGGCCAACGGAGUCAACAUCCUGGUGGCCACGCCGGGCCGCCUGCUGGACCACCUGCAGAACACCCCAGGAUUCAUGUUCAAGAACCUCCAGUGUCUGAUUAUCGACGAGGCCGACCGGAUCCUAGAGGUGGGCUUCGAGGAGGAACUGAAGCAGAUCAUCAAGCUGCUGCCCAAGAAGAGACAGACCAUGCUGUUUUCCGCCACUCAGACCCGGAGGGUGGAGGAUCUGGCUCGGAUCUCCCUGAAGAAGGAGCCGCUGUAUGUGGGAGUGGACGACAACAAAGACAGCGCCACCGUGGACGGCCUGGAGCAGGGAUACGUCGUGUGUCCGUCUGAGAAACGCUUCCUGCUGCUCUUCACCUUCCUCAAGAAGAACCGCAAGAAGAAGCUGAUGGUGUUCUUCUCCUCCUGCAUGUCUGUGAAGUUCCACUAUGAGCUGCUGAACUACAUCGACCUGCCUGUCAUGGCUAUCCAUGGCAAACAAAAGCAGACCAAACGAACCACCACAUUCUUCCAGUUCUGCAACGCCGACUCCGGCAUCCUGCUCUGCACGGACGUGGCGGCUCGAGGACUCGACAUUCCUGAAGUGGACUGGAUCGUCCAGUACGACCCGCCUGAUGAUCCCAAGGAAUACAUCCACCGGGUUGGCAGAACCGCCCGAGGCAUCGACGGCAGAGGCCACGCGCUCCUCAUCCUGCAACCCGAAGAGCUCGGCUUCCUCCGGUUCCUGAAACAUGCCAAGGUCCCACUGAGCGAGUUCGAGUUCUCCUGGAGUAAAAUCUCUGAUAUCCAGUCCCAGCUGGAGAAACUGAUCGAGAAGAACUACUACCUCCACAAGUCGGCCCAGGAGGCCUACAAGUCCUACGUGAGGGCGUACGACUCGCACUCGCUCAAACAGAUCUACAGCGUCAACACCCUGAACCUCCCCAUGGUGGCGCUGUCCUUCGGCUUCCAUGUCCCCCCAUACGUGGAUCUCAAUGUCCACAGCAGCAAAGGUGUGAAGCUGCAGAAACGAGGUGGUGGAGGCGGGUUUGGAUACCAGAAGUCCAAGAACGUGAAGAAAUCCAGAAUCUUCAAGCAUGUCAACAAAGGAAAGAGUGACAGGAGACAGUUUUCUCGCUGAGCUCCACCUUCUGGGUGGAUUCCUUCUCCUCCUCGCUGAUCCAUGCACCUUCAUCACAUAAACAUUGUAGUAAAGAAGCUCCUGAUGCAGCUUCCUCUGAUCCUAUCCUGUAAAUCCACGUCUGUUAAACAUUUAUAAUAAAUGACCUGAAAAUCA